AGUGAUGAGCCCCAGCAGCAGCAGCCAUGCUGGGAUUCGGGACGUGCGCCAUGAGCGCCCCGGCGAGGGCGGCUGAACUGGACGCCGCCUCGUCCCGCUGCAUCCUGGCCCUGCCCGAGGAGGAGACGUGGCGCCAACACCGCCUGGGCCUGAUGCAGAACACCCAGUCCUGCAACCUGCUGGAGCCCCAGAGCCUGGCCCAGGCCCUGGUGUCCCGCGCCGCCUCCUUCGAAGCGCUGUAUGAUUCCCGCUGCUGCGAUGGCGAGGCAGGCGGUGCCACGGAGCUGGGACUGGCCCAGCUGGUGGCCGUGAGCCCUGAGGUGAUCAAACGCCGGCGGGGAGGGCUCAUCGAGCAGAGGGACAUCAUCAAGGCACACGAGGCACACAAGAUGCAGAGCACGCCCCAGGCGCGGAGGAAGGAGUGGGAGAUGGCUCGCUUUGGGGAGGCAGUGGCCGGCAGGCUGGGCUCCGGAGAUGGGGGCUCCGAGCAGAACCGGAGCCGGCAAGGAGCUCCUGCCCCUGCGGGAGGGAGCCCGGGAGCCUUCAAGCAAACCAAAGCGCAGAGAGCCCGGACUAUGGCUCUGUACAAUCCCAUCCCUGUCCGGCAGAACUGCUUCACCGUCAACAGAUCGCUCUUUCUCUUUGGGGAAGAGAACAUAGUCAGGAAAUACGCCAAGAAGCUCAUCGACUGGCCUCCCUUCGAGUACAUGAUCCUGGCGACCAUCAUUGCCAACUGCAUCGUGCUGGCCCUGGAGCAGCACCUCCCCGAGGAUGACAAGACACCCAUGUCACGGAGAUUAGAGAAGACAGAGCCCUACUUCAUUGGGAUUUUCUGCUUCGAGGCUGGGAUUAAGAUUGUGGCCCUGGGGUUUGUUUUCCACAAGGGCUCAUACCUGCGCAACGGCUGGAACGUCAUGGACUUCAUCGUGGUCCUCAGCGGCAUCCUUGCCACAGCCGGGACACACUUCAACACCCACGUGGACCUGCGGACGCUGCGGGCCGUGCGCGUGCUCAGGCCGCUGAAGCUCGUCUCAGGCAUUCCCAGCUUGCAGAUUGUCCUGAAAUCCAUCAUGAAGGCCAUGGUGCCUCUCCUGCAGAUCGGCCUGCUGCUCUUUUUUGCUAUCCUCAUGUUUGCCAUCAUCGGCCUGGAGUUCUACAGUGGGAAGCUGCACCGAGCCUGCUACACAAACAAUUCAGGUGAACUAGAGGAGCUGGACCCUCCCCAUCCCUGCGGGGUGCAGGGUUGCCCCCCGGGCUACGAGUGCCGGGAGUGGAUCGGUCCCAACGAUGGGAUCACGCAGUUUGACAACAUCCUCUUUGCUGUGCUGACCGUCUUCCAGUGCAUCACCAUGGAAGGGUGGACCACAGUCCUGUACAACACCAAUGAUGCCUUAGGAGCCACCUGGAACUGGCUGUACUUCAUCCCCCUCAUCAUCAUUGGAUCCUUCUUCGUCCUCAAUCUUGUCCUGGGAGUGCUGUCAGGGGAGUUUGCCAAAGAGAGAGAGCGUGUGGAGAACCGCCGAGCCUUCAUGAAGCUGCGGCGGCAGCAGCAGAUCGAGCGGGAGCUCAAUGGCUACCGGGCGUGGAUAGACAAAGCAGAGGAAGUCAUGCUGGCUGAAGAGAACAAAAAUUCGGGGACCUCAGCCUUAGACGUGCUCAGGCGAGCCACCAUCAAGCGGAACCGCACGGAUGCCACGUCGGGUGAUGAGCACUGUGUUGACAUCUCCUCCGUGGGCGAGAGGAGGCUGGCGCAGAGGAGACCCCUCCAUCCAACCUUGGGUAACCCCUCGAGUCACUCUGGCCUCAAAGGCGCCAGGGUGGAUGGUGCCUCCUACUUACGGCACAAGGAGCGACUCCUGCGCAUCUCUGUCCGCCACAUGGUCAAAUCCCAGGUCUUCUACUGGAUCGUCCUGAGCCUGGUGGCUCUCAACACUGCCUGCGUGGCCAUCGUCCAUCACAACCAGCCAGCCUGGCUCACCCACUUCCUCUACUAUGCAGAGUUUCUGUUUCUUGGGCUCUUCCUUCUGGAGAUGUCCUUAAAGAUGUACGGGAUGGGGCCACGCCUUUAUUUCCAUUCUUCCUUCAACUGCUUCGACUGUGGGGUCACAGUGGGAAGCAUCUUUGAAGUGGUUUGGGCUAUAUUCAGACCAGGAACCUCCUUUGGGAUCAGUGUCCUACGAGCUCUUCGUCUCCUGCGGAUAUUUAAAAUAACCAAGUACUGGGCAUCCCUGAGGAAUUUGGUGGUCUCGCUGAUGAGCUCCAUGAAAUCUAUUAUCAGUCUGCUCUUCCUCCUUUUCCUCUUCAUUGUAGUCUUUGCCCUGCUGGGAAUGCAGCUGUUUGGAGGAAGGUUUAACUUCAUGGAUGGGACUCCGUCAGCCAACUUUGACACCUUCCCUGCAGCCAUCAUGACGGUGUUUCAGAUCCUGACAGGCGAGGACUGGAACGAGGUGAUGUACAAUGGCAUCCGCUCCCAGGGAGGUGUGCGCUCAGGGAUGUGGUCCUCCAUCUACUUCAUCGUCCUCACCUUGUUUGGAAACUAUACUCUGCUGAACGUCUUCUUGGCCAUUGCCGUGGACAACCUGGCCAACGCUCAGGAGCUCACCAAGGAUGAGCAGGAGGAAGAGGAAGCCUUUAACCAGAAGCACGCCCUUCAGAAAGCCAAAGAAGUCAGCCCCAUGUCUGCCCCAAACAUGCCUGCUAUCGAGCGGGAGCGUCGCCGGAGGCACCACAUGUCGGUGUGGGAGCAGCGCACGAGCCAACUGCGACGGCACAUGCAGAUGUCCAGCCAGGAGGGCAUCAACAAGGACGAGCCACCCCUCAUCAAUCCCCAUGCCAGCAUCUUCCGCAGGAAGAGACCCGGGGAGGGUGUCACCCUGGAGAAAUGUGCUGAGGAGCAGGGCAAGGGAGAGUGCGAGGGACCUGAGCAGCCAGUCCCAGGGGCCAACCCUGGCGGUGGGGAGGACAGGACAUCACCCCGGGCCAAACGGGACGUGUGGCAGCAGAAGUCUUGCCAUGGGAACUGUGAGCCAGGGGAACAGGAUGGGGCAGGAGGCAGCAUCGAGGACAGGGCCAGGAUGAGGCAGAGCCAGCGACGCAGCCGGCACCGCAGAGCCCGCAUGGAAGGCAAGGACACGGCUGGCAUCUUGGGGAGCCGCUCAGCCAGCCAGGAGAUGGGGCUGGAGGAGGCCAGCACUGCAGAGGGGACACAGGAUGGGGACCGGCAUGGGGACGUGGCUGCGGCAGAGGCGCUGAUUCCAGGGGAGCCAGAAGCGAGCGGAGAGUCCAUCAGGACAAACGGAGUCCCUGCUGGCGAUGCCGAUCUGAUUGGGACCACCAAGAAGGGCAGCCCCUCACACAUUGCACCCGAGCUCUCCCAGGGGAAGACGGGCACCCUGACGGAGCAGGACUGCAGCAGCCCGGACACAAGCGAGCAGGCGCUGCUGGAGCCCAGCCGCACCGUGAGCCGCAGUGAGCCCGACCUCUCCUCCAUCACCCCCAACACCGAGAAGGCCACCGAGAGCACCACCAUCAUGAUCGAUGUCCACGACUCCGCUGUGGUACAGAUUAGCAACAAGACAGACGGCGAAGCCAGCCCCUUAAAGGAGGCUGAGACCAAAGAGGAUGAGGAAGAAAUGGAGAAGAAGAAGAGGAAGAAGGAAAAGAGUGAGACGGGCAAAGCCAUGGUGCCGCACAGCUCCAUGUUCAUCUUCAGCACCACCAACCCGGUGAGGAGGGCCUGCCACUACAUCGUGAACCUGCGCUACUUCGAGAUGUGCAUCCUCCUGGUGAUCGCUGCCAGCAGCAUCGCCCUUGCUGCUGAGGAUCCUGUCCUCACCAACUCCGACCGCAACAAAGUGCUGAGGUAUUUUGACUACGUCUUCACUGGUGUCUUCACCUUCGAGAUGGUGAUCAAGAUGAUUGAUCAGGGCUUGAUCCUGCAGGAUGGCUCCUACUUCCGAGACCUCUGGAACAUCCUGGAUUUCAUUGUGGUGGUGGGAGCGCUGGUGGCUUUUGCCUUGGCGAAUGCUUUGGGGACCAACAAGGGCCGGGAUAUCAAGACCAUCAAGUCUCUCCGUGUGCUGCGGGUCUUGAGGCCCCUGAAAACCAUCAAGAGACUGCCCAAGCUGAAGGCUGUUUUUGACUGUGUCGUGACAUCUCUCAAGAACGUCUUCAACAUCCUCAUUGUCUACAAGCUCUUCAUGUUCAUCUUCGCCGUCAUCGCCGUGCAGCUUUUCAAGGGGAAGUUCUUCUACUGCACUGACAGCUCCAAGGACACACAGAAGGACUGCAUAGGGAACUACGUGGACCAUGAGAAGAACAAGAUGGAGGUGAAAUGCCGGGAGUGGAAGCGGCAUGAGUUUCACUAUGACAAUAUCAUCUGGGCUCUGCUCACCCUGUUCACGGUGUCCACCGGUGAGGGGUGGCCCCAGGUGCUGCAGCACUCAGUGGAUGUGACAGAGGAGGACCGCGGGCCCAGCCGCAGCAACCGCAUGGAGAUGUCCAUUUUUUAUGUCGUCUACUUUGUGGUCUUCCCUUUCUUCUUCGUCAACAUUUUCGUGGCUCUCAUCAUCAUCACAUUCCAAGAGCAAGGAGACAAAAUGAUGGAGGAGUGCAGCCUGGAGAAGAACGAGAGGGCCUGCAUUGACUUUGCCAUCAGUGCCAAGCCCCUGACGCGAUACAUGCCCCAGAAUAGACACACCUUCCAGUACCGCGUGUGGCACUUCGUGGUGUCCCCGUCCUUCGAGUACACCAUCAUGGCCAUGAUAGCCCUCAACACUGUGGUGCUCAUGAUGAAGUACUAUUCUGCUCCAUACACCUAUGAGCUGGCCCUGAAGUACCUGAACAUUGCCUUCACCAUGGUGUUCUCCUUGGAGUGCGUACUCAAGAUCAUUGCCUUUGGCUUCCUGAAUUAUUUCCGGGACACCUGGAACAUCUUUGACUUCAUCACGGUCAUCGGCAGCAUAACGGAGAUUAUCCUGACGGACACCAAGCUGGUGAACACCAGCAGCUUCAACAUGAGCUUCCUGAAGCUUUUCCGGGCUGCUCGGCUCAUCAAGCUGCUCCGCCAGGGUUACACCAUCCGCAUCCUGCUCUGGACGUUUGUGCAGUCCUUCAAGGCACUCCCCUACGUCUGCCUGCUGAUUGCCAUGCUUUUCUUCAUCUACGCCAUCAUUGGGAUGCAGGUUUUUGGCAAUAUCAAACUUGAUGAGGAAAGCCACAUUAACCGGCACAACAACUUCCGCAGCUUUCUGGGCUCCCUCAUGCUCCUCUUCAGGAGUGCCACUGGAGAGGCGUGGCAGGAGAUCAUGCUGUCCUGCCUGGAGGGCAAAGGCUGUGAGCCAGACACCACGGCCACGUCCGGGCAGAACGAGAAUGAGCGCUGCGGCACUGAUCUAGCCUACGUUUACUUCGUGUCCUUCAUCUUCUUCUGCUCCUUCCUGAUGCUCAACCUGUUUGUGGCAGUCAUCAUGGACAACUUUGAAUACCUGACACGGGAUUCCUCCAUCCUGGGCCCUCACCAUCUGGAUGAGUUUGUCCGGAUCUGGGCAGAGUAUGACCGAGCAGCGUGUGGCCGAAUCCAUUACACUGAGAUGUAUGAAAUGCUGACUCUUAUGUCACCACCGCUAGGCCUCGGCAAGAGAUGUCCUUCCAAAGUGGCCUAUAAGAGACUGGUGCUGAUGAACAUGCCCGUGGCUGAGGACAUGACAGUCCACUUCACCUCCACUCUCAUGGCCCUGAUCCGCACGGCCUUGGACAUCAAAAUUGCCAAAGGUGGUGCAGAUUGGCAGCAGUUGGACUCUGAGCUUCAAAAGGAGAUCCUGACCAUUUGGCCUCACCUCUCUCAGAAGAUGCUUGACUUGUUGGUACCCAUGCCAAAAACCUCUGACCUGACUGUUGGGAAAAUAUAUGCAGCCAUGAUGAUCAUGGAUUACUACAAGCAGAGCAAGGCGAAGAAGCAGCGGCAGCAGCUGGAGGAGCAGAAAAAUGCCCCCAUGUUCCAGCGCAUGGAGCCGUCCUCUCUGCCGCAGGAGAUCAUCUCCAAUGCCAAGGCUCUGCCGUACCUCCAGCAGGACACCCUCUCAGGCCUGAGCAGCCGAGGCGGGUUCCCCUCGCUGAGCCCGCUCUCGCCACAGGAGAUCUUCCAGCUGGCAUGCAUGGAUCCAGCCCAGGAGCAGCUCCAGGAGCACCAGUCUCUGGUGGUGACAGACACCAGCUCCAUGCGGAGAUCGUUCUCCACCAUCCGGGACAAGCGGCCCAACAGCUCCUGGCUGGAUGAGUUUUCCAUGGAGCGCAGCAGCGACAACACCUACAAGUCCCGCCGGCGCAGCUACCAUUCCUCGCUCCAGCUGUCUGCCCGGCGCCUCAAUGCUGACUCGGGCCACCGGUCCGAGGGGCACCGCUCGGGCAGGGAGCGGGGCCGAUCCAAAGAGCGCAAGCACCUGCUGUCUCCUGACAUCUCCCGCUGCAACUCCGAGGAGAGGAGUCCCCAGGCACAGGAGGAGUCGCCGGAGCGGCGGCGCGAGUCCCGGUCACCCAGCGAGGGCAGAUCACAGACACCCAGCAGGCAGGGCAUGGGCUCCCUGAGCGAAAGCUCCAUCCCCUCCAUCUCGGACACCAGCACGCCCCGGCGAGGCCGCCGCCAGCUGCCGCCGGUGCCCCCCAAGCCGCGUCCCCUCCUGUCCUAUGCCUCCAUGCUGCGACACGCCGGGGACACCUCUCCUCCCGCCGACGAGAGCGAGGGCGGCUCUCCCCUGCUCUCCUCCACCCUGGAUCCCAACACGGCCGGUCCGGCCGAGUCUUCCAGCUCUCCGGCGGGCAAGCAGAGCCGGCAGUCCACGCCGCAGCGCUACAUCUCGGAGCCCUACCUGGCGCUGCACGACGACUCGCACGCCUCAGACUGCGGUGAGGAGGAGACGCUCACCUUCGAGGCGGCCGUGGCCACCAGCCUGGGCCGCUCCAACACCAUCGGCUCGGCGCCGCCGCUGCGGCACGGCUGGCAGAUGCCCAACGGGCACUACCGGCGGCGGCGGCGAGGGGCAGCGCAGGGCGUCAUGUGCGGCGCCAGCAUCGACGUGCUCAGCGACACCGAGGAAGAUGACAAGUGCUAGAAGCUGCCCCCCCCGCCCCGAGCCUCAAACCCGCGCCCCGACCCCACCUCGGCUGCCCCCCGUCCCGCCCUGCCCUUCUCCAAUGCAUGCUCUUUGCCACGCCUGGGAAUGAAACUAAAAACCAAAACCAAACGCAGGGGGAAAACAAAAAAAAACCAACCAACCAACCAAAAAAAAAAAAAAAAA